UCUUGUGUCUCUUCUCUCUCCAAUGCUACACUUUAUUCUGUUCAAAUUCGAUACUUUGCUGUUUGCUGAGAACGAGGCCUCUUUGUUUCAAAGGGAGACAGAUAAAGAAGCUAUAAGCUUUGUUUCUCUUAAUCCCCUCUCUGUCUAAAAACCUUUGCUUUCCUUUAUUUCUCUAUCUAUGUCUCCUACAUUGUCUUGUUCUACUUCAAGAAUCUCUCAUCUCACUUCCACGCAUUAAAUUGUUGUCUCUCUUGACUAAUUGCAUUCUCAUAUUUUGUGGGUUUCUUCUCGUUUCUUGUUCUCAAGUGUCUCAUACAGUGCAUUUACAAAGUAGUACAAGAGGAAACCAAGAAAACUCACUUGCUGUUCGGUCCCUUUUGGCUCAUUUCUAGUUGAAACCAAGAAACCCGUUUGUGGUUCGGUGUAUCUGGCUGGGUUUUGGUAGCUUUCAGUGGUUUUAGAGCGUGCAGGGAGUAAAGACCUUCUUGACUUGUUUCAAAGCUUGAUAAUAGUGUGUGGAAGGAGAAUUCCAGUUGUGGAGUUCUAUUUCUUUGAGUUAGUGACCAUUUUUCUGGUGAUAUUUUAGUAAAGCUUGGGAGCUGGGGAGGGGCAGGAAGUAAAAGAAGAGCUAUAUGAAUUAAUAGUGAAAAAUGACAGAUGGGAACUCCAAGAAAAGCAAGCUCUCCUGGUCCAAGAAAAUGGUCAGAAAGUGGUUCAACAUCAAGAGCAAAAAUGAGGAAUUUCAAGCUGAUGAUGUUCACGGGGGUGAAGUUCAGUACAGGACUAGCUUCUCAGAGAGGGAGCCGUGUACAAUAAAAAAGAGCAAAACAGAGAAAUUUAGCAAGAAUCCAGAGCAGGUCCGGCGGAACAGGAUGAAUCUUGACCAUCCUCGUAUCAUAGACGUGCAAAACUACAGCAUUUUUGUAGCUUCUUGGAAUGUGGCUGGAAGAUCCCCUCUAAGUAAUUUAAGUCUUGAUGACUGGCUUCAUGCUUCACCUCCAGCAGAUAUUUAUGUUCUUGGAUUUCAAGAGAUAGUUCCUUUGAAUGCUGGAAAUGUUCUGGGUGCAGAAGAUAAUGGCCCUGCCAAAAAAUGGCUGGCUCUCAUCAGAAAGACUCUAAACAAUCUUCCUGGAACUAGUGGAAGUGGUGGGUGCUAUACACCGUCUCCAAUCCCUGAGCCAAUUGUAGAAAUAGAUGCUGAUUUCGAGGGAUCAUCUAGACAAAAGAAUGCUUCUUUCUUUCAUCGCCGGUCAUUCCAGACAACCAAUAGCUGGAGAAUGGACAAUGAUCCUUCAAUUCCUCAGCCACGACUUGAUCGGCGAUUCAGUGUAUGUGAUCGGGUAAUAUUCGGUCACAGGCCAAGUGACUAUGAUCCUAGCAAUAGAUGGGGUCACAGACCUAGUGAUUAUUCCAGGCCCAGUGAUUAUUCCAGGCCUAGUGAUUACUCCAGAUGGGGUUCCUCAGAUGAUGAUAAUGGGCCCGGGGAAUCACCAAGUACUGUUUUAUACUCACCAAUGUCAAAUGGAAAUUCCUAUUCUGCGUCUACCGAAGAUGGAUAUAGGAGGCCAGGGCAUUCAAGGUACUGCUUAGUGGCAAGCAAGCAAAUGGUUGGCAUAUUCCUGACAAUAUGGGUGAGGAGUGAUCUGAGGGAGCACGUCAAAAACAUGAAAGUUUCUUGUGUUGGUAGAGGAUUGAUGGGUUACCUAGGAAAUAAGGGAUCUAUUUCAGUCAGCAUGUCCUUGCACCAAACAAGCUUUUGCUUCAUAUGCAGCCAUUUAACCUCUGGGCAGAAAGAAGGUGAUGAGUUAAGAAGGAAUGCAGAUGUCAUGGAGAUUCUUAAGAAGACAAGAUUUCCGCGGGUUCAUAACUCGGGUGAUGAAAAGUCUCCAGAAACAAUCCUUGAGCAUGAUCGAGUUAUUUGGCUUGGGGAUUUGAAUUAUCGUAUUGCCCUGUCAUAUCGAGCUGCCAAGGCACUAGUUGAGAUGCAAAACUGGAGAGCAUUGUUAGAGAAUGACCAGUUAAGGAUAGAGCAGAGGCGAGGUCGUGUUUUUAGGGGAUGGAGUGAGGGGAAAAUUUAUUUUCCACCAACCUACAAGUAUUCAACCAAUUCAGACAGAUAUGCAGGGGACGAUAUGCAUCCCAAGGAGAAACGUCGAACACCAGCUUGGUGCGAUAGAAUUUUGUGGCAUGGAGAAGGCCUCCAACAAUCAUCUUAUGUACGUGGGGAAUCUCGGUUCUCAGAUCAUAGGCCUGUCUAUGGCAUAUUUUGGGCAGAGGUUGAGUCGAGUCAUGGUCCAUUGAGGAAAAGCACUAGUUAUUCUAGUUCCAGAAUUGAGGUAGAGGAGCUUUUGCCGUACUCACAUGGGUACACGGAACUAAACUUCUUUUGAAGGUUGAUCAGAUUGGCGGGAAUCGCUUUGAACAAAUUUUGCCUUGAAGGGUGAUGGAGACAAUCCGUUGCCCACUGACUGAAAAAGGUGUAAAUAUUUGUAAUUUUGCCAGCAAAUUAACUCCACACAUCAUCAACUCAGUGUAACUUUUGAUCAUCAUAACGUUCCAGUUUCUGUUUGGCACAUAAUUGAGUUACCAGAUUAAAAACACCUACCUUUAUUGCAAAGUUUUGUGCAAGCACUAUCAGUCCUUCAUCAUGAUUCGGAUGAACUCAAUCACUCAACCCAUCAGGAGCUGCGAAGUAGUUGACUAAAAGAUUGAUUUAUUCAUGAUUUUUUUUUUGUUUUAGUUUAGGAAACACUUUUGAUGACUGAAAGAAGAUGAUACGAUCAUUUUGGCCCCGUCUUUUGUUUUAAAUGUAGAAGCAAGUAGAGAUCUGAUGGAUAUUCGUUACCAAAGCUACAGGAAAAAUUUAUAUAAUAUCGAAAUUUAUGUUA